AUGGAUAUCUCAGAAGAAUCGCAUGCCUCUGAGUCUAAUGGAUAUCUUGUGACUCCAUUGGAUGUCGCUACAGGGGAUAGUGAUCCAGAAGCUACUUCAUAUCCCGCUCAAAUAAAUUCAUCCGCAUCUCCUAAUGAAUUUAAUCGUUCACGUUGGCAAUUGAUAAGAGAACAUGUUUUGGUCGAGAAAAAUGUACCUCCUUCACCUCCUCAGCCGUCCAUUCUUGCCGAUGAUGGAGUUGAAGAAUUUUAUUCACCAACCUCUACAAAAAUUGAAUCACCAAUAACGCCAAAGCGGGAUAAUUAUCCAAGCAGUCCUUUGCGAGUUUUACGUUCUAAGGCUGUUGUACAACAGC